GAUAUCCCUCAGUACUCUGCGGCGCUAGGGAUAUCUCCGCCGCGCUAUAGCGUGGAUUUAAUGCAGAACUCCUAGAAUUUGGAACCAUUCAAAACUGAAACUGGUGGGUUCAUUUCUGCAUUCUUCAUCUUCUCUUCUUUUCCCUUCGAUUACCUGGUGUUAGCCCCUGUAAAACCCCUUGCAGAAAAAUGGCGAUAGCCAGGUAUGUUGCAUCUUCAACUCUCUCACGAAUUCGUGCUUUGGCUCUGCUUUCUAUCUCUCAAUCUCAACUCUACACUCUUCUCUCAGUCACACGACAACAACAACAAAACCCUAAUCUCCCUCCCAAUUUUUCUCUCAUUCGUCAUAUAUCUACCUCCACUAGUCUUUCCAUUCGCCAUAAUACCCGAGCUGAAGUGAAAACAGAGCUAGAAUCAAAUGAUAACUUCAAUCUCAACCCUAACCUUAGAACUAAAACAAGAACUCCAAUGGAGAAACAGUUCGAGACUUGGGUUGAUAAAUUAAAACCUAAAUUCACACCUGAUGAUGUUAAUGAGGCUCUUAAAUCACAAUCAGAUCCUGAUCUUGCUCUAGAUAUCUUCAGGUGGAGUGCUUUACAGCGUAAUUACAAACACAAUCAUAUCACUUAUCUUACCAUGAUACAAAUUGUAGCUUCAGGGAAACAAUUUAAACAUACAGAAACUCUUAUUGAUGAAGUACUUGCUGGAGCUUGUGCUGUUAAUUUACCUCUUUAUAAUUAUAUGAUUCAGUAUUGUUGUUCGCGGAAACCUUUGUUCAAUCGUGCCUUUGAUGUUUAUAAGAAAUUGUUGAAUUCGAAAGAGUGUAAGCCAUCAUUAGAAACAUUUACAAUGUUGUUGAAUACUAUACUUAGGAGAUUCAGUAAGUUGAAUGUUUCUUAUGUGUAUUUGCAUGCUGUCCGGUCGUUGCUUAAGCAAAUGAAGAUUUCAGGUGUGAUUCCUGAUACUGUUGCGUUGAAUUAUAUCAUAAAAGCUUAUUCUAUGUGUUUGGAUAUGGAUGAAGCGAUCAAGGUGUAUCAAGAAAUGGGGUUGUAUGGAUGUGAACCAAAUGAGUAUACGUAUAGUUAUCUUGCAAAGGGUUUAUGUGAGAAAGGAAGAGUAAGUGAAGGUGUUGAUUAUUAUAAGGAGAUGAGAGAAAAAAAAGGUUUAGUUCCUACUAGUAGCACUUAUAUGAUUCUUAUCUGUAGUCUUUCGAUGGAGCGAAGAUAUGAAGAGGCUACUGAGAUUAUGUUUGACAUGUUGAAAAAUUCUAUGGUUCCUGAUCUUUUAACUUAUAAGACUUUACUCGAAGGAAUUUGUAGGGAAGGAAAGGAGGAUGAGGCUUUUGAGCUUCUGGAGGAAGUGCGAAAGAAGCAGGGUUCAAUGGGGGAUAGAACUUAUAAGAAUAUACUGAAUGGAUUGCAUUUUGUGAGUCAAGAGUAAUUGAUCAUUAAUGCAUUGUAAUUGUGUGUUCAGAGUUUUGUUCCAGUGCAAUCGUAUUUAGAUUUCAUAACAGAUUAUCAAGGUUUUUGAGUCUCUCCAUGUAUACGAUUUUUAGGAUUUUAAAUCCUUGAUAGACAAGCUUUGAAUGAUUUGGUUGAAUUGCUUUCAAAUGGAAUGUGGGUUCUUGGACUUGCCAGUCUUAAUUUAAAAUGUUGGACUGA